AUGGCAAAGAAGACUGUACUUAUCACUGGCUGCUCCGACGGAGGUAUGGGCGCCGCUCUAGCUAUUUCCUUUGCAGAAGCGGGCCUUUACGUCUACGCCACCGCCAGAGACGUCUCAAAAAUGUCACGUCUUUCUCAUACCAGCAUCGAGAAGAUCGCACUGGAUAUCACGUCCCCUGAAUCCAUCGCGGCCUGCGUGAGCACCGUCCCUAAGCUCGACAUCCUCGUUAACAACGCUGGCUCAAGCUACAGUAUGCCUAUUACCGACCUAUCCAUCGACUCCGCCAAGCAGCUGUUUGACGUAAACGUCUGGGCUCAGCUCGCCGUCACGCGCGCCUUCCUGCCGCUCCUACUCCACUCGGGAGGCAUGGUCGUCAAUCAGACCUCAGUCGUUGCGGUGGCGGCCGUGCCAUUCCAGUCCGCAUACAACGCGUCCAAGGCUGCCAUGUCCAUGUUCUCGGACUGCCUGCGCCUCGAGUUGGAACCCUUCGGCAUCAAGGUCAUCGAUCUCAAGACGGGUGCCGUCGCGACGAACCUCAUCAGGAAUCAAAAGACGCUGACUUCCCUUACCUUGCCCAGCGAUUCGAUGUAUGACCCAGCCAGGGACGCGGUCGAGUCCGCCAUGCGCAACGACAAGAUGGCGGGUAUGGGCACUGCGGCGGACGAGUGGGCUAAAGAGGUUGCCGGAGAUCUGCUCAAGAAGAACCCGCCGCUCGUCAUCUGGAGGGGCUAUAACGCCAAGAUCGCACGCUUGGGCACUUUCUUCCCAUAUGGUAUGCUGGACUCCACUAUAAAGAAGAUGACGGGGCUCGAUGUCGUGCAGGAGAGAUUGCGGGUGACUUGA